GGAAGGAUCCUUUGUUGGGUGGAGACAAUAAAAUAAGAUGGCGAAAUGUUCAAAGUCUUCGCAGUCGCUGCGUUGCCUUGGUCACCUCUUUUACUAUUACAACCUCCUCUUCAUUCUCACAAUGAAGUUGCAGUUGCCGACUUCAACUCUUCACACUUUCACUUUCUCCCUCUCUCUUCUUUCUCUAUGGAAUUCGCUUUGGAGUCCAGUCCUAAGUAGCCUUCUCCAUCUCCAUCUCUCUCACUCUCAGGUCUAGAUUCUUAGGCAUGGCUGCUUUUGAAAAAGACGAUAUACCAAUGCUAUCAAACACUGAUCCACCAAUGUUUGACGAACAAGUGGAUUCUUAUUUUCCUUCAUAUGCAUCCUUGGGCCGGAGUUCGUCACUAUCAAUUCCAGAAAAUUCUUCUGGGAUGUAUGGUAGCGAAGCAAAUCUUGUUGGUCAUACUGGUCCCCUACGGAUAGAAAGAAGUUCAUUCAUGGUGAGUGGUUCAAAAAAAACUGGCAGUAAGCCCAAAAAACUUUCACAGUCAAAGCCAGGAGUGACUGAAAGCAAGACAGCAGAGCCGCUGGCAGAAAAAUUUCCUUCGUUCAAGAUUGUAGAUGAGUCUGAUUGGUCCAUUCAUAACUAUGCCGGUAGGAACGAACACUUAAUAAAGUCUGGCCAGCUGGGAUUGUGUAAUGAUCCUUUCUGUAUAACUUGCCCAACAUAUAAUUCCAAAGCAUCACAACAGAAAAGCUCAAGAAUGUCAGGCAUAUUUGAUGCCAAGAAUAAUAAGUGCAUUGUUAUUGACUGGCCUUUGACCACAACCUUGGUGGUUUUCCGGAGCAUGACUGAUUUUAUCUAUUUCCUACACAUGCUUCUUCAGUUUAGGUUGGCCUAUGUAGCACCAGAAUCCAGAGUCGUUGGUGCUGGCGAAUUGGUUGACCAUCCGAAGAAAAUUGCCAUGAAUUACCUCAAAGGAAAUUUUUUUAUAGAUUUGCUUGUUGUCUUGCCGCUGCCUCAGAUCAUAAUUUUUUUAAUCCUGCCAAAGUCUUUGGGAUCAUCUGGAGCAAAUUAUGCCAAAAAUCUAUUACGCACUGCAGUUACUGUUCAAUAUAUUCCCAGACUGUAUAGGUUUCUACCUCUUCUCGCUGGCCAGUCUCCAAGUGGCUUUGUAUUUGAGACAGCAUGGGCAAAUUUUGUCAUCAAUCUUUUGACCUUUAUGUUGGCUGGUCAUAUUGUUGGGUCUUUCUGGUAUCUUCUCGGGCUUCAGAGGGUGACUCGAUGUUUUCGAGAAGCUUGCAUUAACACUGGAAAUAGGAGCUGCUUGGAAUAUAUAGAUUGUGGGCAUGGGGAUGAAUCUAGGAGUCAGAUUCUGGAUCCACAUCGGGAUUCAUGGACGCAUAAUGUGAAUGCUACGGCAUGUUUCGGCAGUGAAGGUUUCGAUUAUGGAAUCUACCUUCAAGCUGUAAAACUUACCACAAAAAAUAGUAUAAUCACGAGAUAUACAUACUCAUUAUUUUGGGGAUUCCAGCAAAUCAGUACUCUGGCGGGGAACCAAGUUCCAAGCUAUUAUGUCUAUGAAGUCCUUUUCACUAUGGGUAUUAUUGGGCUUGGUCUAUUGCUGUUUGCUCUUCUCAUCGGGAAUAUGCAGAACUUUCUCCAGGCUCUUGGAAGAAGGAGGUUAGAAAUGUCACUACGACGUCGUGAUGUCGAGCAAUGGAUGGAGCAUCGUCGCUUACCAGAAGGUUUAAGAAGGCAAGUACGACAGGCUGAAAGAUACAACUGGGCUUCUACAAGAGGAGUAAAUGAAGAGAGAAUUUUUGAAAAUUUGCCUGAGGACCUACAAAAAAACAUAAGACGGCAUCUCUUUAAAUUUGUCAACAAGGUUCGCAUUUUUGCUCUGAUGGACUAUGAACCUAUUUUAGACGCAAUACGUGAGAGACUGCGACAAAAGACAUACAUAGAAGGAAGUGAAGUUUUUUCUGCUGGAGAUAUCAUUGAGAAGAUGGUUUUCAUCGUACGGGGGAAAAUGGAGAGCCGUGUAGAUGGAAAUGGGAUUGUGGUUCCCUUAUCUGAAGGAGAUGUCUGCGGUGAGGAACUUCUAACAUGGUGUCUUGAGCAUUCCUCCCUAAACAAAGAUAUGAAGCGGCAGCAAGUUCCAGCGCCGAGAUUAGUAAGCAACCGGACCGUAAGAUGCUUAAGUAAUGUUGAAGCAUUUUCUCUCCGGGCUGUAGACCUUGAAGAAGUGACUAGUAUGUUUUCUAGAUUCUUGCGAAACCCGCGUGUUCAAGGAGCCAUAAGGUACGAAUCACCCUACUGGAGGUAUUUAGCUGCAAUGCGUAUUCAAGUAGCAUGGAGAUACAGGAAAAGGCGUCUAUCUCGAGUUCAAACCUCUCAAUCUAACUAAUUCCUUAAGGGACACCACUUUUGUGGAAAGAUAAGUAUUGCGUUAUACAUCGGUCAGCUUGAGUUCCAAUCGGCUUUUUCAAUGUGAUCAUUUCAUUCUUCUUUUUUAUUUAAUCCAUUAAUCCUUUUUUUUAAAGCAACUAAAAAGUCUAUCAUAUGGUAAAGUUAAUAGGAGCUCCUGCACACUGGUGCUAAGACAGUAGUUGUAUUUUUAGUCUAGUGUCAUGCCAAAAGUAUAUUUUUUUCUUUAGUUUAUCGAAACUCAAAACAAGCGAAAGUGGUAGAUUAGGUACUUUUGCCUCAAUUAGUUGUCCUUAGUAGGAUGUAAUUUGUAAAACCAAACAAGUGAGUGAUUUGUUGUUGAAAUUUUAUUACAAAAAAUGUUUAUAAUUAAUGGGAUAGUUUCUUUAUUCACCCUCU